AUGCCUCCAGAACUUGGUUCUACUAAUAUGACGGACACCGCUGCAAACUCGCAUGAAAUUACUCUGGAAGAAGAUGAUGAUACUCACGCCACACGCCACUGUGAUGUGCUACAGGUAGCUUGUUACCGAGGUCACGCAAACGUCGUGGAACUUCUGCUCGACGAGGGUGCGCACAUUGAUGCGCAAAUCGAUCAUUACGGCACCGCCUUGCAAGCAGCUUCAUCGGAAGGCCACGAGAGAAUAGUACAGAUACUGCUCGAAGAAGGUGCAGAUGUAGAAGCGCAGAGCUCUCUCCACGGCGCGGCGAUACACGCAGCUGCACUUGAAGGCCACUAUAACAUCGUACAGAUGCUGUAUGAUGCUGGUGCGAAUGUUAACGCGCAGGGCGGAGAGUACGGCGACGCACUGCAAGCAGCAUCGGCUGGAGGCUAUAGCAGGAUUGUGCGGCUACUUCUCGACAAUGGCGUAGAAGUCAAUGCGCAAGGCGGAUACCUCGGUAACGCACUACAGGCAGCUUCACUUGGACGUCACGAUGGAACCACAACCCAGCUGGUGUGGGGCAGCACAGAACGGGAUGUACAAGGCUACGGGUACAGAAAUAUGCUCACGCAAACUUUUGUGGAAAGCCAAAAGAGAUCAGCGUGGUCAUCACUUAACAAUAGUGUACAAGAUAACGCAAGAAACCAGCUCUAUGACAGUGCAAAGCUAGGAACUUUGGCUGAGAACCAUAGCAUAGUCCAGAUGCUCAUCGACAAGGGCGCAGACGUAAACGCGCAAGGCGGAGAGUACGGCAGUGCCUUACAGGCAGCGUCAGCUACGGGCCUUUACAGGACGGUGCAGUUGCUACUUCACAAGGAUGCAGACGUCAAUACACAGGGCGGGCUCUAUGGCAACGCACUAAAGGCCGCUUGUUUUGAAGGGCAUGAGAAGAUUGUGCAGGUACUACUUGACGAAGGCGCAGAUGUCGAUGCUCUAGGCGGACCAUAUGGCAGCGCGCUACAAGCGGCUGCAUGUGAAGGUCAAACCAAGAUUGUUGGCAUGUUACUAGAGAAGGGUGCAGAUGUAAACAUGCAAGAUGGUUUUUACGGCAGCGCAUUACAGGCAGCUGCCUAUGAAGGCAACAACGAAUUAGUACAAACGCUACUCGACCAUGGCGCAGAAGUCAACAUCCAAACCGGAUUCUACGGCAGUGCGCUGCAAGCAGCUUCAGCUAGAAACCACAUCGCGGUUGUUCAGAUCCUGCUUAGAGCGGCCGCAGAUGUCAAUAUGCAAAGCCAGGAUCCUGACCUUGCUCUCGAAGUCACUGAUUUUUGGGGCCGAGAGAAGACAGCUCAGAUAUUGUUGAGUCAGCGGAGCCUUUUGGCGGAAUCAAGCCCAAACUUGGACGACAACACGCAGAGAGCUUUCAGCGGCAGCGCACUGCAGGCAGCGUCAUCGCAAGGUUUCGAGAAGAUCGUGCAGAUAUUGCUCGAUAGGGUUGCAGAAGUCAAUGCCCAGGGCGGACUUUAUGGCAAUGCACUACAAGCUGCUUCGUCGCAGGGCCGCGGGAUGGUUGUACAGAUGCUUCUUGACAGAGGCGCCGAUGUUAAUGCACAGGGCGGAUUCCAUGGUGACGCUCUUCAAUCAGCUCUAGCUGGGGGCCACCAUAAAAUAGCGCAAGCUUUGAUUGCCCGCGGCGCAAACGCUUAG